UUUCAUUAAAAUAAACAAUUUAAGGUCUUAUGUGACCACGGUACUUGAAAUACUGAUGAGAAUGGUUUAUUUUGUGCUGAAAUGUAUAUGCAGCAAUGAAUUUAAUCCUUCCAUUGGGCCGAUAUUUAAAUUUUAUCCCAAUGUUUUGAGGGGUUUCUCUCGAUUAUAGUUUUUCUGUCAUGCAUUUGUUGUAGUAAUGGCUCUAUGGACUUGCGCUGCAUUACUUUUGGAAUAAUCUGGAUCAUUUUGGUUUUACCUCAAAUUUUAGCUGAUUUUGAUCUUACUUUAUUUAUUUAUUGAUGGUUCAUUUAAUACUUGCGUGAAUAUUUGUUGUUACAGGUUUCAAUAUUUUUAGCUGGAAGAAAAAUUUUAAAUCCGUUGUAAUAUUUGAUUCAAGGGUUAGGAUCUCCCGUUGUUUUUUUGGGGGGGGGGUAGGCUGCAUCAACCCAACAAAUUCAUAUGUAUGAUUUCAAAAAUUUUAGAGAGAGAGAGAAAGAGAGAGAGAGAGAGAGAGGAUUCAAGGGCGAGAGAGAGAGAAAGAGAGGAUUCAAGGGUUAUGAUUUUAUCACAUAGUAUGGUAGUUAUCAAUUUUGGUUAGCAUUCAAAAAAAAUGGAAGCUAUCAAUUAAGGUUAUCAACUCUUUUUGUUUCAUUGUUUCUUUGCGAGAUUAUGGAGAUAUACUGGCUGAUUGAAUCUUCAAUUCAGAAAUUCAAUCCUCUGUAGGAUUACAAUGUAUUCAGAUUUCAUUGUAAAUGAAGUAGACCCUGAUGGUGCAGUUGUUCAUUUGACGUGCAUAGAUGCACCAGUGGAUCAAAUGGAUUUGAGCAAUGGGAGCUCAAGCUCCCAAAUACACGAUGAGGGAAGCACAACCCUUGAUUUAGCAAAUGAUACAUACACUGUUCAAAUCGAAGCUUUUAGAUCCCUGGUUGGCGAUGCAAAUGCCGAAUUGUUAAAGUGCUUGAUUGAUCAGAUAUCCACUGACUCGAAUGGAAAUUUGGAUCCUAUUUUACUGUCUCCAGAUUCUGACAAAUCCCACCGAACAGCAGUUCACAAUUUUUUCAAGGCAAACUUCAAAUUCCUUGUGACAGACACUGUUGACGGACCAGAUACCAAUUUCAAAUGUGUUCGUGUGAGGUUCUCUUCAGCUAAACAAAAUGAGGGGGGUGGCUCUAGAAAGCGGAAAAAUAAGGAAAGAAAGGACGGAAGCCAAAAGCAUGCAAAGACUAAUGGCAGUGCUCAGGAUGGGUGGCAGAAACCUUUCGACAGCAGGGGUUCAAAGGAUUGGCCCAAGGAUAUUGGCAAGUUUCUCAGAUUUCAUCUCUACAAAGAGAAUAAGGACACCCAGGAGGCUUUGGCUAUUAUAGGGAAAAUGCUUGGCAUCCAGCAACGAUCUUUUGGAUUCGCAGGAACAAAGGACAAACGAGCUGUUACAACUCAAAGGGUAACUGUUUUCAGGCAGCAUGCAAAUAGAUUGGCUGCUCUCAAUGACAGAUUAAUGGGAAUAAAAAUAGGAGACUUUUGCUAUGUGAGAGAAGGGCUUGUUCUUGGGCAACUUUCUGGAAAUCGCUUCACUAUCAUUUUGAGAGGGGUCGCGUCAGAUUCUGAGGAUAUUAUUAAAUCAGCUGCCAAUGGCUUAGGAAGGCAUGGGUUCAUCAACUACUAUGGUUUACAGCGUUUUGGAAGUGGUUCAGUUCCAACCUUUGCCAUUGGAGCAGCAUUACUUCGAGGAGAGUGGGAAGCUGCUGUUGACUUGAUUCUUGAUCCUAGAGAAGGGGAACGGAUUGCCAUUAAGGAAGCCCGUGAAUAUUACCAAGAAAGUGAGGAUAUUGAUGGAAGUUUAAGGCGUCUACCUCGCCAUCUUGUUGCUGAGAGAUCAAUUCUGCAAUGCUUGAAGAGAAGUCCAGGAAAUUACUUGCAGGCCCUAAAGAGCAUACCCAGAACCCUGCGUUUGAUGUAUGUGCAUAGUUACCAAAGCUACUUGUGGAAUCAUGCAGCAAGCUCAAGAGUACAAAAGCAUGGUAUUGAUAAAGUUGUAGUGGGAGACCUUGUGUAUUUUAAGGGCAUUGGUCCAGUAACAAAUACAGGAGAUUUACAAACAGAAUGUGAAUCCAAUACUUGUGAUGAGGAGUUUGAGCUUUCUGGUCUACCUGAUACAGAACGUAACGGGGAAAAUAUUCAGUCUGUAAAGAUUGUAGAUGCUGAAGACAUAAAUUCCGGAAACUAUACAAUUGACGAUGUGAUACUUCCCUUACCUGGGUCCAGAUCAUUAUAUCCCAAAAAUGAUGUUGCCGGUGUUUAUCACGAUUUGGCAAAGAAGGAUGGAAUCACCUUGAUGGAAAGCUCACAUAAUGUCAAGGAAUUUUCAAUAACGAAGAUGACUGGUGGUUAUAGGCGAAUUUUGCAGCGACCACUUGAUUUUGAGUGGGAAUUACUCGAGUACACCGAUGUGAAUAUACCCUUGACUGAGACAGAUUUGGAUGUACUUGCUAAAUCAAAACCCAAUGAUAAGAAAAGAAAAGCAGGCAUUGCUGAAGAAGACAGAACAGAGACCGCAACCAAAUGCUUGAAUCCAUCUGAGGAACUCAAUAUUAAGAGUUCAAGUUUAGAGAGUCACCAAGAUGAAGAAGAUGGAGUCCCUGGUUCUUCAGCACAACAGACAGCUCUUAAGUUGUGUUUUACCUUGCCCACUUCUUGCUACGCAACAAUGGCCAUAAGGGAGCUGCUCAAGACUUCAACUUCGGUUGCCUUCCAUAAGACUCUAAACGAAUAAGUGCUUGAAUUCAGCCUGGACACUUAUGGAUGGUUUCAAUUGUUCUUCUAACACUUGGGAUAGCACAUCUUUCUUGUUGCCUUUGCUGAGCAACAUGCUGGAAUCUUGACAAGAUGUGAAAAAUCUGAGAAAUGGAAUCGAAGGCAGAUGGAUUUUCCAGGGAUAAUACUGAAUUUGUAUCUUCUUUAUAGAAUAGGCUUUCUAUUUUUACAGCUUAACUGUUUUAACUUAUUCUAAUUACUGUCCUAACAUAGUGCAUUUUGCUGAUUAUCUUAUCAAAGUGCAUUUUGUUGAAGCAUAGUGUGGGGAUGAAUGUGCAUGUGGCCUCAUCGGGCUGCCGAUGAUCUCUGUUGACCAUUUUACGUAACAUACUGUAACAUUUAAUGGUCUCUAAUAUUAGCUACUAAAAGGCCUCUUGCAACCGAUCUAGACUGCUAUGACACACUGUAUUUAGUGGGUUUGUAGUUGCUAAAGUUCAAAAUAUUAUCUCGUGUGUUUUGAACCUGGAUUAA